AUGAUGCUCUAUAGACUGGUAGUUUUGGGCGAUGGAGGCGUUGGCAAGACAGCGCUGACGAUUCAACUCUGUUUGAAUCACUUUACAUACGACCCUACUAUUGAAGAUUCAUACCGAAAACAAGUGGUUAUAGAUGAUCAAGCAUGUGUUUUAGAAGUACUGGAUACAGCAGGCCAAGAGGAAUAUACCGCACUGCGCGAUCAAUGGAUACGAGAUGGCGAAGGUUUUCUGGUAGUCUACUCAAUCACAAGCCGAGCAACGUUUGACAGGGUACAAGGGUUCCGCGACCAAAUUAUUCGAGUAAAAGAUGCUGAUGACGAGGAAGUGCCAUUAAUGCUGGUUGGUAACAAGUGCGACAAAGUGACGGAACGAGAAGUAUCUAGAGACGAAGGAGCAGCGAUGGCACGGAAAAUACGAUGCGAUUUCAUUGAAACAAGCGCUAAAACGUGCGUCAAUGUAGAACGAUCAUUUUACAGCGUUGUAAAAUUAAUCCGUAGCCAGCGUGACGGUCAGAAGAAACAAAAGAAGAACAAGUGCACCUUAAUGUAA